AUGAAUGGGUUGGUAGAAUUCAUCAUAAAACUCUGUUGUAUAGUUUGUUCUGGUAUACAUUUUACAUUGUUCUCUAAUCUUCAAUUCUUUUCUAUACCUCUGAUGCAAAGUAAGCUUGAGAGUCACAAGGUAGAUGAUAAUGUAGUUGUCACUUGUUUAAAUAUUGCCAAGUCAGAAUACAAUAGGUACCGUGCUAUUGAAAUCUAUGUUACUAUGCUCAAUUGUAUAUUGCUAUUCAUUAACUGGUAUACAACAAGUGAUAUCAAGUGGAUUGUUAGUGGUAUAUUUAGUUUAGCAGCAUCUAUCAUUUCAUUCCUAGUAAUUAUAAAUAUCAACAAACAAUUGAAUCAUUUAAUGAUAGUAAUAAUAAUGACCAAUAGUGAAAGAAGUGGUGGUGAAAAAGAAGAAACAUCAAACUCUAACAACAAUAACAUCGAUAUCCAUGCUACGUCAACAACACAAAAAGUACUAGAAUCAUUAUUAAAGAAAUGGAAUCACAUUAAUAACUACCAAUGUAUUUUAACAGCUAAAAACUUUACACAAUUAAUUAAAAAUAGCAACAAUAGUAGUAGUAGUCAGAGAUGUUUAAAUAGAUUAAAUUUUUCAUCUUCAUCUUUUGAGAAAAUACCACCAAUUACAACAUUGACAGCGGAUGAAUUGAUGUUGAAAGAUACAGUUGCAAAGUUUUCAAAUGAAAGAAUUAGACCGUUGGUUAAGAAGAUGGAUGAAAAGGGUGAGUUGGACAAGGAAUUGCUGGCGGAUUGCUUUGCCAAUGGUUUGAUGGGUAUCGAGAUCCCAGAGGAAUACAACGGUACCGGAUUGAAUUUCAUGUCGUCGAUCAUCAUCAUCGAAGAGUUGGCCAAAGUCGACCCAGGUAUCUCUGUGAUUGUCGACGUUCAGAACACUCUGAUCAACAACUGCAUCAAGCGUUACGGAAACGACGCACAAAAGCAACAGUAUCUACCAAAGUUGGCCACUGAAAUGGUCGGUAGUUUCUGUUUGUCCGAGAGCAGCUCGGGUUCCGAUGCAUUCGCCUUGAAGACACGUGCCGACAAACAAGGUGACUACUACGUUAUCAACGGUGGAAAGGCGUGGAUUACCAACGCCAAGGAGGCAGGCGUCUUCAUCGUCAUGGCCAAUGUCGAUCCGUCGGCCGGCUACAGAGGAAUCACUGCAUUCCUCGUCGACAGAAACACCCCGGGUUUGGAGGUUGGCAAGAAGGAGGACAAACUCGGUAUUCGUUCGAGUUCCACCUGCGAGGUGAUCUUCAACGACGUCAAGGUGCCCGCUUCCAACGUGUUGGGACAGGUCGGAAAGGGCUACAAGAUAGCUAUCGAGGGAUUGAACGAAGGUCGUAUCGGUAUUGCCGCGCAGAUGCUCGGAUUGGCCGAGGGUGCAUUCGAGUCGACUCUUCCCUACUUGAUGCAACGCAAGCAAUUCGGAAAGCCAAUUGCCGAGUUCCAAGGAAUGCAAUUCACCUACGCCGAUCUUGCCGUUGACAUCGAGGCCGGUAAGCUACUGACAUACAACGCAGCACGUCUCCAAGAAGCCGGUAAGCCAUUCGUCACAGAGGCAUCGAUGGCAAAGCUCUACUGUUCGAGAAUCGCCGAAAAAGUAUCAUCUGCAUGCAUCACAAUGCUCGGUGGAGUCGGUAUCACCAAAGAGUUUGACGCUGAAAAAUAUUUCCGUGAUUGCAAAGUUGGACAAAUCUAUGAAGGAACAACAAAUAUUCAACUUCAAGUGAUUGCUAAAUCAAUUAUGGCUAAAUAUAAAUAA